AUGGAUGAGGAUAAAAGCAACAGAGACUCCAUCCAGAUGAGUAUGAAGGGAUGUCGAACGAAUAAUGGAUUUGUUCAGAAUGAAGACAUCUCAGAGCAGGACCCAGACCCAGACUCCAGGGACACCUCACAGCCCAACGCUGUGAGUAUCCCUGCUCCAGAGGAGUCCCACCCCAAAGCCUUGCGGCCCUAUGCCGGGAUGCCUAAGGAGGUGCUGUUCCAGUUCUCCGGCCAGGCUCGCUACCGAGUGCCCCGGGAGAUUCUCUUCUGGCUCAUCGUGGUUUCCGUGUUCCUGCUCAUUGGGGCCACCAUAGCCAUCAUCGCCAUCUCUCCAAAAUGCCUUGACUGGUGGCAGGCAGGUCCCAUGUACCAGAUCUACCCGAGAUCUUUUAAGGACAGCGACAAGGAUGGGAAUGGAGACCUGAAAGGUAUCCAAGAGAAGCUGGACUACAUCGCCUCUUUAAACAUAAAAACCAUUUGGGUCUGUUCCUUCUACAAAUCAUCUUUGAAAGAUUUCAGAUAUGGCAUUGAGGACUUCCAAGAGAUUGACCCUAUUUUUGGAACAAUGAAAGAUUUUGAGGAUCUGGUUGCGGCCAUACAUGACAAAGGCUUAAAGUUAAUAAUCGAUUUCAUACCAAACCACACCAGUGACCAACAUCCUUGGUUUCAAUUGAGUAGGAACCGGAAUGGGAAGUACACUGAUUACUACAUCUGGCAGAACUGCACUCAUGAAAAUGGUGUAACAAUCCCUCCCAACAACUGGCUGAGCGUGUAUGGGAACUCCAGUUGGCACUUUGACGACGUACGAAAGCAAUGUUAUUAUCACCAGUUUUUGAAAGAGCAACCUGAUUUAAAUUUCCGAAAUCCUGCUGUUCAAGAGGAAAUAAAGGAAAUAAUAGAGUUUUGGCUAACGAAGGGUGUUGAUGGCUUUAGUUUCGAUGCGGUUAAAUUUCUUCUGGAAGCGAAGGACCUGAGAAACGAAAUCCAAGUAAAUACAUCCCAAAUUCCGGACACCGUCACCCACUACUCGGAGCUUUACCACGACUUCACCACUACUCAGGUGGGGAUGCAUGACAUUGUCCGGGACUUCCGACAGGUCAUGGACCAGUACAGCAGGGAGCCUGGCAGAUACCGGUUCAUGGGGACCGAAGCCUCCGCAGAGAGCAUCGAGAGGACCAUGAUGUACUACGGCUUACCAUUCAUCCAGGAAGCUGACUUUCCUUUCAACAAUUACCUCACCACACUAGACAGUCUUUCUGGUCACACUGUAUAUGAAGUUAUCACAUCCUGGAUGGAAAACAUGCCGGAAGGAAAAUGGCCUAACUGGAUGACAGGUGGACCAGAGACUACCCGGCUGACCUCCCGCUUGGGGAAUGAGUACAUCAACUCUAUGAAUAUGCUUCUUUUCACACUCCCAGGAACACCCAUAACUUACUAUGGAGAGGAAAUAGGGAUGAGAGACAUUUCCGUUACAAAUUUCAAUGGGAGCUAUGAUCCUAAUACCCUUCUGUCAAAGUCACCGAUGCAAUGGGACAAUAGCUCAAAUGCUGGGUUUUCUGAAGGCAAUCACACCUGGCUACCCACCAACUCUGAUUACCACGCCGUGAAUGUGGAAGUCCAAAAGACCCAGUCGAGUUCAGUGUUGAAGAUGUAUCAGGAUUUAAGUCUACUGCGCGCUGCAGAGCUGGUUCUCAGCAGGGGCUGGUUUUGCCUUUUGAAGGAUGACAGCCACUCUGUUGUGUACACAAGAGAACUCGAUGGCAUAGAUAAAGUCUUCAUUGUGGUUCUGAAUUUUGGAGAAUCAUCUACUCUGUUAAAUCUACAGGAAGUCAUUUCAGAUCUUCCUAUGAAAUUGAGAAUAAAAUUAAGUACCAAUUCAUCCUCCAAAGGCAGUGACGUUGACACACGUGCCAUCUCUCUGGAGAAGGGAGAAGGACUCAUCUUGGAGUACAGCAUGAAGACUCUCCUCCACCACCAAGAAGCUUUCAGAGACAGAUGCUUUGUUUCUAAUCACGCGUGCUACUCCAGUGUCUUGGACAUUCUGCACAGCCUCUGUUAG